AUGAAGGCUCACGACUACGAAGCUCAUCGUGCACAUAACAUGUACUACCCAUUUGCUGACAGGGAGGAAUGGGAGUUAGCUAAAUUUCUUAGUGACAAUCUUAACCAGGGUCAAAUUACUAGGUUUCUGAAGCUAUUGUGGGUUAAGUCAGAAACACAGAAACCACUGGCGUAUAAGUCUGCGCAACAGAUGUUCACCUUCAUGGAUGCCCUGCCAAAGGGACCGAAAUGGCGCUGUACAACCAUUCAUACCGAAGGUUACAUCACCACCCAUCCUGUACACCUAAUCUGGCGUGAUGCCCUGGAGGUGACGUGGCACAUUUUUGGUAACCCAGUAUUCGCCAAUGAUAUGGAGUUUGAUCCAUACAAGAUCCAGGUCAAUGGAGAACGUGAAUAUAGUGAAUGGAUGUCCUGCUCGCAGGCUCAUGGUAUUCAGGACCAGCUCCCAUCGGGUGCUACUAUUGUUCCAAUAGUUCUUGCUUCUGAUAAAACCCCGGUCACCCGCCAAUCAGGUGGGCUCGAGAUGCAUCCUAUGUUUCUCACUACAGCCAACAUUCGAUUGGACAUCCGCAUGAAAGCUACUUUGCACGCAUGGUCAUGCAUUGUGUAUAUGCCUAUCCCACAAUUCAUUUGUCAUCCAGACUUCUGCUCACUCUUGCAAGCCCGUAUCUGGCACCGGCGUGUAGAUAUUGUUUGUGAAAACCUUAAAAUCACCGCUGCAACUGGCACAAGCAUGGUGGAUCCAUCCGCACUGCACCGACUUUGCCAAUGCAUGGAUCCCUGGAAGGUUCAAGAAUUCCAAGAGGAAGCCAAAUCACUUUACCUCAGCAGGGUCCAACUUCCCUUCUGGCACAACUGGCGCUUUAGUGAUCCUGCAUAUUUCCUUGCGCCUGACAUCCUACAUACACUCCACAAAUUUUUUUUGACCAUAUCUUCAAGUGGUGCAAGGAAACAGCACAAACAUAUUGGCACUCGUCAUUUUUCCCAAGGUGUCUUGCACAUCCAGCAAAUGACUGGGCGGGAGCAUCGGGAUAUCCAGCACACGAUUGUUGCUACACUUGCGGGUGUUGCUGAUGCGAACUUUAUCCAAGCAAUUUCUCAAUCUCCAACUUUCACUCCGUCCUCGAUCACUGCUAUGACAUCCUCACUCGCAGAAUUCCAUCGCUUCAAAAGAGCUAUUAUCAGCGCUGAGGCUCACAGGGGGACCUCCGCUAUCCCUAAUCUUGGCGCCCCAAUCCAGUUUACAUCUGAGACCAGCGAACGCAUGCUGAUCACGCAUUGCAAAGGUCCUUUUACGCGCAUUAGUCAUCAGCGUGCAAGCUUCAUGCAGCAAAUCGUCUGCCUUUUGGAUCAGGAAGACACAGCGUGCCAAUUCGACUUGUAUGCUCUCCUCCGCUCAAAAUCAUUGUCCAUUAAUAAUCUGAUUGACAAUGAAUUCGAGGAAGUUGUCGACAUCAACCCGGUGUGUGAUUGGAUCAUGCGCGUCUCUCCCAAGGAAGUUUCUCGUUUUCAUAGUCCCCAUCCCGUCCGCAACCAUUUUCUGAAGAGGCUUCUUUCAGAAGAUAGCCGUGUCACAUUCCACGUUACUGUUUCUAGUGAUCUGGCUGACAAGUCACCUAACUCUUUGGUGCGGUUAUAUCAUCUUCCGAACUUCCCUAAUCUACUUCAUGCCUUUAUUGAGCGCGUCAAUGGGUCAGGGUCCCACUUUCAAACGUGUCUCCUUAAGGUUUGGAACAAAUUCCAUCUACAGUUACAUUCAGACCUGCGCCCACAUCUUGUGAUGCCAAGCCAACAAGUACAAGCGUAUCCACCGUCUGGAGCUUAUCCCCUUGGAAAUUGUGAUAUGGUACUCCUGCAGACGCAGAAUGAUGAUCAAGUCGUAGUUGCACAAGUUCGAAUGGUAUUUGGCUUAUCAACGAGGGGUUCUGCGCUGCCUCCCGAACUUUCUGAGCCACUUCUUUACGUGCAACUCUUUGAAGUGAUCUCGCGUCCGCAGGAUGAUCAUGUGGUCAUGAUGUACCGUGUCAAGCAAUGGUUCGAUACCGGUCCUGAUGGUACACGAGCGAGGCUUAGAAUGAUUGUACCGCUUGUUGAUGUCACUCAUGCAACCGAGUUGAUUCCUGAAUAUGGUCAAAGAGUCAAUCACGAUGUUACUGCUGCAACAUCCUUGGAACUUUAUGAUACCUUCUACCUCAACAGUUUUUCAGACAAGGAAUGGUAUCACGCAUUGCACACAGAGUUUUAUUAG